AUGGCCGCUCUCUGCAGGAAGUACGAAAGACCCGAAGUCGAGCUGCCGAGUGUCUGCACUGUGUCGGAAGAAGAAUUAAAAACUUGGAGCAAAGAAAGUCAAAAGCUGCACGCAAGCCUCAAAGAGGCCAUGGAAACAGCGGGAGAAGAAAGCGCCGCUUUGCAGAACUUUAUGAAGAAAAUCAGCAAAGUCACUUUAGAGGCGUAA